UCUUUCUGGUGUGUGUGUUGGGAGGGAGGGGGGGAGUUGGGGGCCGAAGGGGGAGCGGAGGAUCGCUGUGCGGAGCGGAGACCGAUGUGAAUCCUUCGGGUCCUGUCCGGAGCUGGUGGAAGGGGGAGGGGGGUUCGAGGGGAGGAGGAGGAGGAAGAGCAAGCGCUGCUUCUGCCGCUUCCGUCAUCAUGGCUCACUCCCCUGUCCAGCAGCCCGGCCUGCCGGGGAUGCAGAAUUUGAAGGCAGAUCCGGAAGAACUCUUUACAAAAUUGGAGAAGAUUGGCAAAGGUUCGUUUGGUGAAGUUUUUAAAGGCAUUGACAAUCGAACACAGAAAGUUGUUGCUAUAAAAAUUAUUGAUCUUGAAGAAGCGGAAGAUGAAAUAGAAGAUAUACAGCAAGAAAUAACAGUACUCAGUCAGUGUGACAGUCCAUAUGUCACCAAAUAUUAUGGGUCUUAUUUAAAGGACACAAAAUUAUGGAUAAUAAUGGAAUACCUUGGUGGUGGCUCUGCCCUUGACCUUUUAGAACCAGGUUCGCUGGAUGAAAUCCAGAUUGCUACAAUAUUAAGAGAGAUUCUGAAAGGACUCGAUUAUUUGCAUUCAGAAAAGAAAAUUCAUAGAGAUAUUAAAGCUGCUAAUGUGCUCCUCUCAGAACAAGGAGAAGUCAAGCUAGCAGACUUUGGUGUAGCUGGACAAUUAACUGAUACACAAAUAAAGAGAAACACAUUUGUGGGCACACCAUUUUGGAUGGCACCAGAAGUAAUAAAGCAAUCUGCUUAUGAUUCAAAGGCAGAUAUAUGGUCCCUGGGCAUAACGGCCAUAGAGCUUGCGAAAGGAGAGCCACCACAUUCCGAACUGCACCCAAUGAAAGUUUUAUUUCUGAUCCCAAAGAACAACCCACCAACGUUGGAAGGAAACUACAGCAAACCAUUAAAGGAGUUCGUUGAGGCCUGCUUGAACAAAGAUCCCAGCUUUAGACCAACGGCCAAAGAACUCCUGAAGCACAAAUUUAUAAUACGAAAUGCAAAGAAAACUUCCUACUUGACAGAUCUCAUUGACAGACAUAAAAGAUGGAAGGCCGAGCAGAAUCAUGAUAAUUCCAGCUCUGAAGAUUCAGAUGGGGAAACAGAUGAGCAGGCAUCAGGUGGCAGUGACUCGGGUGACUGGAUAUUCACGAUCCGAGAAAAAGAUCCUAAGAAUCUGGAGAACGGAGCAACCCAAUUCUACAAGUGGGAAAGAAACAAGGAAAAUACCAUUCAAAGGCGCCCUGCAUCUCGAAGCUUAUCUACAAUUAUAUCGCCAUUAUUCACAGAGUUGAAAGAGAGAAGCCAAGCUUGUGGGGGAAACAUGGGCUCCAUAGAAGAACUGAGAGAGGCUAUUUAUUUAGCUGAAGAAGCUUGCCCAGGAAUUUCAGAUACCAUGGUGUCUGAACUAGUACAGAGGCUUCAGAGGUACUCAGUAGCUGGAGGGAGCAGCUCAUCCCACUGAAGUCUGACCCUGUGGCCCCCUUUGCAACGUCAGUGGGGCACCUGCAGGCACCUGUUGUCAGGUUGCUCUUCCACAAUUGGCAGGCAAUCACAUGGACAUUUCUGGAAGUGCAUCAACAGAAGAAGGUGUUUUAGCAAGAGCACUGUUUUUCAACUCUGUAUAGUUUUUUUUAAAAAAAUAAUGCACAUAUUCAAAGGAGGUAUCUUUAUACAUUUCUGAGAUGUAAAUUUAGGAUUUCAGUUAGGAACUAAAGCUAUUGUGAAAUCUCAGGUAUCUUGUGUUAAGUCAUUGGCCUUCAGCUCAAGGAUCCAUGGGUGGGUGGCAUUUCGAUCUGAAAUGUGUGCACUAGUGGCACUGCCACCCUUUUCUUUGUUUUAAGGUUUUGUUUUAAGAAAGAAAUGGAAGCCUGGAGUUCAACCCCAUGUUCUACGUUUAAUUUAACAUGGAUUGGGGUUUGAAAGAGUUGAAGGCAACCGCUUUAAGUAAAAAAAAAAAUCUGUGAAUUAGAUGUAUUAUUGGCUCUGUGUACAAAUUUGUAUAUAGUCACUUUUUUACUGAAAUUUGCUUGACAUGCAUACGGAUUCCUCUGUACAAAUUGCCAAGACCUUCUGUAGAUGAUACUAGUGAGGUAAAUAUUUUGACAGAUAGAUCAACUUAUUAUAGGCUUGUCUUUGUUUCUAUGAAAAUUUUAAAUUGUAUUAUAGCAGGGUUUGCUUGACCUUUGUUUAUAGGUCAGAAAUAAAGCCGUGCUAUAAAAAUCCAGUUUAUACCUCAGAUGCAGAUUUUUUUUUUGUUACACAGUAGCAAUUUUUUUUUGGUUUCUAAUCAUGGUACGAAACUGAUUGUUUUAAUUUAGGACAUUAUAUUCUUUGGAGUUCUCUAGUUUUGCUUAUCUUCAUGGUUUUAUAUCUUGUUUAAAAUUGUGCCAAUCCAAAGUUUAAAUUUGUUUUGAAUAGUUUUCUUUUGGAAUUAAUCUUAACAUAUAACUGAAAAAGGCACUUUUUUAUAUGCUUCCUAGAAAUCCUGGAUAAAUAAUGACAGUUUUGCAAAAUGCUGGUUAUAAAAAGUAUUUUAAAAAUGUCAGCAACUUUAGUUACAAUCGUUGAAAUCAAAAUUUGGGCUUAGUUUAAUAUCUGAAAUUCAUUGUGUGGUAGAGAAAGAUAUAUGAAAUUUCAUUAAGAUCUAAAAUAGAAAGCUGCAGUUCACUUUAAUAGGUAAGAACUAGUACAGUAUAACUCUUGUCUAUUGUUAAAAUAAAUACAUGAUAGAAAUCCCAUCUGAAUUUUUAUUUUGAGAUAUUUGGAGAAAAGUGGAAUAAAAGUGUAGUUAAAAGGGUGUGAUUAGUCAAGAAUUUUAGGAGGGGAUUGCUUUUUGUUGAUUUACAACAAAUUAAUGCUUUCAAUGCUUUGAUUUCAACAUGAAAUCUGUAUUGUAAUCCUAAAAAAAAUAAAAUAAACACAGCAACUCUAAAAGACAACUUGCUGUAGAAGAUUUAACCCUAUGACCAAGCCUUUGGUGAAAAUCUCCUUUCUAAUUUGUUUUGAGAAAAUCAUAAUAAUGGAAUAAAGGAUGGGCACAUUGUGUCAAUGGAAAUGAACUCACUGCAUGUUUAGAAUCUAUAAUAUCCUCUUAUCAAUGUAAAGAUUGAACAAUUUACUAAAUUGAGUGGAAAUAAUAUUUUGCUGCCUUGUGUUUGACUCAGCUAUGUUGCCAUCCCAUUAGAGUGGGUGUGAUGUUAACUGGAUGGAUUUUGUAUUAGUCUCUACCCCAGUGUUUAUAGUCUGUGAAAUGUAGCAUGAUGUAAGCUACACAUUGAAUUAGGAUAAGGUAGGUGAGAUAACUCUCACGAGUUUUCAGCUAAGCUUGUAUGCAGUCCCAGAUCUGGUAACCUUUUAAGACUUUUGAUUGCAAGAAUGUUGACUUAAAGAUUUUGUUAAAUGGAAACCAAAAAAACCUCAAUGACUUCCUCUUUAAAAUUAGUAAAUUAAUAUUUUGUCAGAGCUAUGUUCUUCUACAGAUAUGGUUUUUCCAAUAGUUUAUUUUAAAUCAGUUAAAAGCUUGCUAUAUUUAUAUUGCCAGUUUGCUGUUUUGAGCCAGUGCAGGUUAUUUUAAUAUCAGUUUAAUUGACUUAAUCCCAUAUAAAUUUUAAAUAACCAAUUUCGUUGUAUUUAAGUACAAUGACAAUAAAGAUUAUACUUAUACUUAAAUACACAUAGAAUUUCAAAAUGACAUCUUGUUUGAUAUAAAUGAAACAACUUGGUGAAAGCAAAUUGUCUUUGCUUUAUAUUGUAAUCAAAUUUAAACUAAAACACCUUUUGUUGUUUCUGGUCCAUUUUUACUCUGACUGUUUAACUUUGCAAUACUGUUUAUUGAUCCUUUAAAUAUUGUUUUAGAACUGUCCUAAAAAAAUCCAGCAUUGCAGUGUUGUAUGUAUUCAGGAUUAGUCUUUGGCGGUUGAUAGCAGUUUCCUGCAUAUUAAAUAAGGUAAUAUUUCUGUCGUUUUGCUAAAGGGCACCAAAAUUUCCUGGUGUAGAGUGGACAAAUUUCCCAUUUUUCAUAAUGAAAUUCCUAAGCAAUCUGAAAGUAAGCCAAGUGUUUCAAACUGCAAAGGUUUUAUAUCUGGGUCUGUUGGGCCACUUUUUAACUAUUAAUUAGAAUAUAUAUUUCCAUUGUAGCCACACACUUGUAAAUGAACUCCUGAGAUCACUGAUUUUUCUUGUGAAAUUGUGACAAGUUGCUCCUGUUUACUCACAACCGUUUAGGUGCCACCCUCCACCUCCCCCCACCCCGAAUUCAUUGCACUGUAUUUUGAUUGGUUCUUGACCCUUAUACGAAGCAUUUUGUAUGUUACAUAAUUUUCAGUAUUGAUAUUUUUGUAAUAGUUUAGAACCUAUUGAAGUUGCUUUCAAUAAUAGUGGAAUUUUGCAGCCAUUAGUGCAAACAGGGGUGUGUUGUAUAUUGGCUUAUAUAUGUAUCAAUGGAUGGAAGGAUUUAAUUGUGAAGUUGAAGGAUAACAGGUAUGUUGGGAUGCAAAGUCCUAAAAUCGGCUUCCUCUCUCAUGGCAGUGAGCCAAAGCACAAACAUAAAAAUAGACUUCAUUGUAUCCUUGUCAAUCUGCUACUGAAUUGAAGUCAUAAAUAACACAAAAUGGCAAAGCAGUUAUUUUGUCAUUUUAAAGCCUUACUGAUACACUAUUAUAAAUGUUGAUGGGCAGGAGUCCAUUUGAUGACACGAAUGAAAUUUUUCUAGUCAGCAAUGAUUUAUUGUGGGUUUGGAAUGCUGUGAAAUACCUGUAGAAAGCAAACAACUGGAUCUUGCAAAGUUACAUGUAGACUUUUGUGACUUUUCCAUCUAUUGAUCCCCCUCCCCCCUUUGGCACCCAUGUAUAUGGACGUAUACAAAAUCUUAGUAACACUUGUGCACCUGACAAAGUAGAUUAGUCCAGCAAUGUGCAAAGGAUGUUUCUUUAGUUUUCAUUUCCAAAAUUUAUAAAAUGAAUUAGCAAUGUAACCUAUGGCUCUUGCAUUAUGUCCAAACAAGUCAUUUCACACAGGGGUUUUGGGGUGGAAGGUGGAGGCUAUUCUAGCAAACAUCUGUGCAUAUAUGAUGCAUAGAAUGUUGAAAGUGCUUAAAUUAGCAUAUAAAAUCCUCCUUUCCAUUAUAUACACAACAUAAAGGGUAUAUAACACUGUACACUAGAAUAACUUGUAAUAUUUCAAAAAAUUACACUAAGUAUCCCAGAAUAUUUCCUGGAAAGUUUUCAAUUUAAAACACUGUAGUAA